UUUUUUGGAAAAAAAAUUAACUUCAAUAUAUUUAGUGAGAAUUUUUAAAGACCAAAAAGCAAACAAAUUUUCACACAUAGCAAAAGUAACCUAGUUGUAUUUCUUAAAAGGAAAUAAUCAAAUCGAAUAAAAUUUACUAAAAUGCGUGAAAUUGUUCAUAUACAAGCCGGUCAAUGUGGUAACCAAAUUGGUGGUAAAUUCUGGGAAGUAAUAUCCGAUGAACAUUGUAUUGAUGCUACGGGCACUUAUUACGGUGAUAGCGAUUUGCAAUUGGAACGUAUAAAUGUGUAUUAUAAUGAGGCCACAGGGGCGAAAUAUGUACCGCGAGCAAUUUUAGUUGAUCUUGAACCUGGUACAAUGGAUUCGGUGAGAUCUGGCGCAUUUGGCCAAAUAUUUAGACCUGACAAUUUUGUUUUCGGUCAGUCGGGUGCUGGAAAUAAUUGGGCAAAAGGCCACUACACAGAGGGAGCCGAAUUGGUGGACUCUGUUUUAGAUGUGGUGCGCAAAGAAUCAGAAGGAUGUGAUUGUUUGCAGGGUUUUCAAUUAACUCACUCUUUGGGGGGCGGUACAGGCUCGGGCAUGGGAACUUUAUUGAUUUCGAAAAUUCGUGAAGAGUAUCCCGAUCGUAUUAUGAAUACAUUUUCGGUGGUGCCCUCACCUAAAGUGUCCGAUACUGUGGUAGAGCCCUAUAAUGCUACCCUAAGUGUGCACCAACUUGUGGAAAAUACCGAUGAGACCUAUUGCAUAGACAAUGAAGCCCUUUACGACAUAUGCUUCAGGACAUUAAAACUUACCACACCCACCUACGGUGAUCUUAACCAUUUGGUUUCGGCCACAAUGUCAGGCGUUACAACAUGUUUGCGUUUUCCCGGCCAACUUAAUGCAGAUUUAAGAAAAUUAGCCGUAAAUAUGGUGCCUUUUCCUCGUCUACAUUUCUUUAUGCCCGGCUUUGCUCCCUUAACGUCUCGUGGUUCUCAGCAAUAUCGUGCCCUAACGGUACCCGAAUUAACGCAGCAAAUGUUCGAUGCCAAAAAUAUGAUGGCCGCAUGUGAUCCGCGACAUGGCCGAUAUUUAACUGUAGCUGCUAUAUUCCGUGGUCGUAUGUCAAUGAAAGAAGUCGAUGAACAAAUGCUGAAUAUACAAAAUAAGAAUAGCAGUUUCUUUGUCGAAUGGAUCCCGAACAAUUGCAAAACUGCAGUUUGCGAUAUACCACCUCGAGGUCUUAAAAUGUCGGCAACAUUUAUUGGCAACUCAACGGCCAUUCAAGAGCUCUUUAAGCGAGUGUCCGAACAAUUCACAGCCAUGUUUCGGCGUAAAGCGUUCUUACAUUGGUAUACCGGAGAGGGCAUGGACGAAAUGGAAUUUACUGAGGCCGAAAGUAAUAUGAAUGAUUUAGUAUCGGAAUAUCAACAGUAUCAAGAGGCUACUGCUGAUGAAGAGGGUGAAUUUGAUGAAGAUGAGGAGGGUGGUGGUGAUGAAUAAAUAAAAGUUUAGUACAUAUAUUUUAUUAAUGAUAUUCUCGUAUUGCCGGUCCAGCUAUUGGUUUCUUCGUUUAUCACAAUUUCUAUAUAUUGCAGUUUAAAUUUUCCAUAAUCCAAUUUUGUUUUACUUGUGGCUGUCUGCUUCCAUUUUUUUGUGAAAAUUAUCUUACGUUUUUGCUUACGAAAAUAAAGGUCUUUUUAAAA